AUGCUGCUUUGCGGUGCUUUAUGUUCUGCGUUGUCGGUUUCAUUCGGUGCGAUCGUACAAGUCGUUAUCUUUCUUCUACAGAAUUCAAACGUCUUCUUGAGAGUGCAAGCCUCCCUUCCGCCGGGAGCUGAGGACGAAAUCAUCGUGAUCGAGCAUCUGCCAGGGCGUCGAGUUCAUCUUCAAGAUUUCUUUUGGACCGAUUCGGAAGACGCCCCGUCAUGGGUAGAUUUGAACCAAGCCUUUCACGAAAGUAGAACGAUUCAUCACACAGUCACGCUCUAUUUGCCUGUAGAAGAAAAGGACGAUAAUGAUCCCAAGUUUCCUCAUCAUUCUGAAUCCCAUACUCCAAAAUGUACUAGUUGUAUCGAACCAACACCCACGCUGAAUGACAGCGAGGAUGAAAAUAUUGGUGUUCUUAUCGGGGAAGAUCCUGGACCAAGGUACUGGUUGCUAACAGUUCUUCGCUCUGGAGAAACUAUGCCUCCUAAAAUUGAAUUGAGAUUAGCUCGCUUAUAUCGAACUGCAUUCUCAAGGCAUCAGAAACGCCAUCUUGGUCUUUUACAGACGGAUUCACAAUUUCAAAGAGCUACGGACAAACGACUGUUCAUCAAAACCAAGAUUUCCUCAGACAAUCAUCCUCUGUCAAGAAAACAGUUAUCGAAUAACAUCGAAGAUGAAAGAGGAAGUAAACGAUUCGAAUUACGUUUACAUAAUUACACUGCGGAGGAAACUGUUCAAGUUAGAAUGCAAAACACAAGCGUGACGGAAAGUGGUGCCACAAGAUUGAUUUACUCCGUUCACCUAGGUGGAAAACCCGUACCUGCUGAAAUAGCUGCCAGAGAUAUGGCUCUUUUAUCGCCUCAGGAAGUUGCGCUAGAACUUGGUGCGCCUGUUCUUGUUCAAAGUGAACCGUACUUAAAAGAAUCUCGACCACUGGCACUUUCGAGAAAAAGAGAUGCAUGGCUGCUGGUUGGGGCAGCAAGCGCUGGCUUUGUUCUUUUAGCUUUCGUGCUUGCGGGAUUAAUUUUCACAGCGAGAAAAAAGAGGUCACACAGUACGGUAACACCACCACCGCAUCGUAAUAUUGUAAAAAAGAAACAAUAUUACGUAUCAGCAUUAACCGGUCCGGAUAAUACUGCUUUCUCAACAUCAGAAAUGGAAAUUAAGACUGACGAUAGCGAGAAACAGACUUCUGAAAGCAUGCCGAGGACUCCGGUUAAUCCAGAAAUUCUCAACAGCCUUGACGAAGAAAUUCACAAGGCUCUGAGCGACAAAGAUGACGAAGAACAAAUGGAAAAGACAAGAACAUCGCGUCUUUGGGAGCGCUCUUUAAAGAAGAGAAGAUUAACACACGAAAGAAUGUCAAGGACAAAUGCAAUCAAUGUAUCUAGAGCAUCGGACUCGGUGGAUAUGGUAGAUGAUAAUUUAGAAAUGCUGGAAUCUUUGGAGAACAAUUACACAAAACAAGAAGGGGAUAUAGAAGAAGCUACUGCUUCGCCGCAUUCUUAUCUUUCUAUGCCAUCUUGUAAACAAUUUCCAAAGUUGAAAGGCGUCGAACCUCUGUCUAGAGUUUUGGAACCAGUUAUGGUGAAACAUUUAGAUAUAGAUUCGCCAGAAUUAGUCAGACGAGACAAUAAUGACAUUGAUACGUACAGGAAUGAAAUCAACGACAAAAUUUUUUUGAGAACUUCAAGUACGAUCAAAGAUCCUGGAGUCGUUGGUCCUGUAGUUUGGAAUCUUCGAAGACAAAUAAUGUCUACGGAAGAUAUUGGUACAUCAGAAACCGAUGAAUUAACUUGCAUGGCAUCAGCGAGCUCUGUUGGCCGAGCUAAACGAAGACUAAACGAGCUCUUGGAAGAUUCCUUCAGCCUGUUUGGAAGCAGAGAUCAGAAAUUGGAGGUCCAACCUUGCACGCAGCGACCAAAUUCAGCCACAUGCGCGGCGGACGUCCUCACGGUUUUUUCAAAGACCAAAGGAAGACCUUCCCAUAUUAGUUCUGUGUCUUCGCCAAUGAUGGAAACGAAGUCAAGACUUGCUACGUCAUCGCCACAAAAAGACUUUGAAGGAAGCAUCGGAGAAAAUAGACAUUCAGUACCUACUCAAUCUCAUAGUAGUUGGGGAACAAGACCGUUCAGUGCUGGCCCAUUUCAUAGACCCAAUCUACCAUACAUAAAUACAAGACGCAUACUUUUAGAGUGUCAACUUCCACCGGAAGAUCCCGCAGUACCAUUAAUCGUUUCGAUUAAAAAAGAACUUAAAAAGUUUUCCUUGCAAUAAAUAAUACAUGGAAAUGGGGAAAAAGACUAAAUAUGAUAAUAUUCAUACAGUGGAUGAAAGAAAUAUUUUAAAACAAUAAUUUAAAUCAUAUUUAGAAUGAUGUGUAAAUAUAUCACAGAUUUUUAUAUGUACGGUAUCAAUUUUAUACGUAUAGUUACAUAGAACUCAUUCGCU